AUGGCUCCGCCACCUGCGGUGCCGGAAGCGGACCACCAGGACGACGACGACGGCAUCCCGGAAGGGACCGGGGUAGACCUGAGAGUGGCGGUACGUAGGCUUAAGGCCAGGAAUACCGCCCCAGGACCCGAUGGCUUGCCUGGCAAAGCCUGGGUCCUGGCCUCGGAGGCUCUCGGGCCCCGACUGGAGGGGCUCCUAAGCGCAUGCUUGGAGAGAGGCCAAUUCCCGCUUCGUUGGAAGACGGGGAAGCUGGUCCUCAUUCAGAAGCCGGGGCGCCCUGCGGACUCUCCGUCCGCAUACCGGCCCGUGGUGCUGCUCGACGAGGUGGGCAAGCUCUUUGAAAGAGUCAUUGCAAACCGCCUCGCCGAGCACCUUGCGGGGACGGGGCCGGAUCUUGCGGAACACCAGUUUGGUUUCCGCAAGAGGCGCUCUACGGUGGACACCAUCAUGCGCGUGAGAGCCCUCACGACGGGGGAUGCAGUGGCCAGGGGGGUUUGUUUUGGCGGUGUCUCUCGACAUCGCCAACGCCUUCAACUCCAUGCCCUGGAGCUGCAUUAG